AAGCCUGUGUAAGGUAUGUGGUGACUGCAGGUGCACAGGAUGUUCAUAUAACCACACGAGGGUAGGCUGUCUGCUAAGCUCACUCAAGACAAACCACAAAAGAACACAAGGUGCUCAGAGAUAUCUGAGUGGAACAAUACCCAGAAAAGCACACGUCAAUGUGGUGUAGGGGUCAUAGCAAGGCAAAUCAUCUGAUUGUCAAAAAAACGGUUGACACCAGAAUCAGGUGAAGUGUUGGAGUCUUAGGGAAAGGAGUAUAAAAAGAGAGAACAAAGCUAAGUUCGUGGCUUUUUGCGCUUUUUCGAGAUGUAGCGACAGAGUUGGAAGCGGGCUGCUGGGUCCUGGUGGGGGGUGGUCACGCAGGGUCGCUUCUUAGUUACCAUUGGGAAGAAGACAGAAAUACUUUUGUUUUUCACUUUAUUUGAACCAUUUUUCCUGUUGAAUUUUUGUGUUUUUUUGGUUGUUGCUUUUGAACCUGCAUCGUGAUUGGGUUGUUAACCUUUAGUCAGUAGGUUUUUCUUUGUUCUUUUGUUUUGUAUUCCAGUCCUAUUUUUAUACCUUUUUAGCUUUUACUUUUAUUGGAUUUUUACUUUACUAUUACAUUUAUUGGAACCAAAAACAAAAUAAAAACAGCUUCCAGUGGGGAAGAGAAAGACAUCUUUUUGGUCCGAGUCUCCAUCUUAAGGGGUUCUUUCCCCUCCCGGUGUGCAUGAAGUAGCCCUACUCUUUCUGCGGAUAUUACUUGCUGACCCGUUUGGGAUCAGUGGUCGGGCCGGUGCGUCUUCGUUCCAGAGAGCCUGCGUGUCCGGAGGAAAGUGGGGUUUCAGCUGUGUGACCAUGCAGAGGGAUGGCUCUUUUGUACGUGGUAUUGAAGGACAAAGUGUGGAGGUAGUCUGUCCAUAUCCAACAGCAAACUACAAGUCCACACCCAAGUACUUCUGCCGUGCUCCGUGUUGGCACAAGGAUAACGUGCUAGUUAAAUCAGUGGAGACAAACGUCAGUGUCUCAAAGGGAAGAUACUCUCUGAAUGACAACACGUCUAGUCUGUACUUCUCCAUCAGUAUCAGGGGUCUGACCGCUCAGGAUUCUGGGUCCUACUACUGUGGGUUUGACCAGUGGGGCAUAGACAGAUACAUUAAAGUGUUCCUGCACAUUGUUAAUGCUUCAGCAUCAAACUCUUCAGUUUCCACUCCUGAACCACGAGCCCAUAAGAACAGCACAACCAACAACAGGAACAGACCACUACACUCUACAGGAACUGUUGUUAUCUCCAUGGUGUGUGGGGUGAGUCUAGUUGUGCUGGUGUCCUGUGUGUUGCUGUCUCUGGUGAUUCUCUACAGGAAGAGAACUGCUGCUGAUGAAUCAUCUGAUCCAGUGACUCCAGAGUCUCCUGCUCCUCAGGCUGUAGAUGGCGAUGUGCACUUAUACACUGGGGUGUGUGACCCUGAUCCUGGGCAGCCCUCAGUGCAGAGUGCAGAGUCAGCAGAACUCUACUUCCUGCUGCAGCCCCCGGACCCUCCUGCAGGGGGCCACGACGAGCUCUACUCUCUGGUGACCCCUCAUUGACCAGACCAGGGGGUCAGGAUUUGACUGAUUAGCUUCGCCGAUUAGCAAGGCACUUCCUCGUCGCCAUUAUCCAGAAAUACAUCAUGUCCGGUGCCGUUUUCCCUGCAUUUUCCUCAUGCUGAUUGGUGGCUGUUCCACUCUCAGCUCAUGCACGAGCUUAGUGUGGGCACAAGCUCUCCUUCUGUACCUUACGUCAAUCAGUAACCUGGCACUUAAUUGGCUAAGUAAAACGGCACCGGAAACAAGCCCCUUGAAACGCCAUGUUGAAGCCUGAAAAAAUCGUUCAAUUUUGGCAAUUUUCACUAGCCUAGCAUUCCCAUUGAAAUGGAUGGGGGCGGGACUUGUUCACUUUCUCCAGUUCUUAUAAUACCUCCAUGGACCAGACAGCACAGCGCCCCCUACAGGAUUUACCCCUCACUGACCAGACAGCACAGCGCCCCCUACAGGAUUUAUCCCUCAUUGACCAGACAGCACAGCGCCCCCUACAGGUUUUACCCCUCACUGACCAGACAGCACAGCGCCCCCUACAGGAUUUACCCCUCACUGACCAGACAGCACAGCGCCCCCUACAGGAUUUAUCCCUCAUUGACCAGACAGCACAGCGCCCCCUACAGGUUUUACCCCUCAUUGAUCACAUAGUACAGCGCCCCCUACAGGAUCUCCUGUAGUGUGCUUGUCACUUCAUCUUCAUCCUUUCUUAUUCUGUCUGUCUUGUGGUCUCUGCUCUGUUGAAGUUUUUAGCUCUCUGUGAACUCCUGUCAGACGGCCAUUUCCUGUGAGUUUGAAUGAGGAAGUUGUUGGGCUUGUUAAUGUGUGUGAAAAGGAGGAUUGGAGAGGGGGUGUGGGUGCUGGCUUGACACCAGUGGAGGUGUCGAUAAGAACACUUCAGUCCAGUCAACAGUUCAAUGAUUUGGUCUUUAUUGUAGGUGAAUCCAGGCAGUAGAGAUGUAGGUGUGUGAAUGCGUGUAUAGGUAGGUUCGUGUGUGUGUGUGGUUUCUAAGAGGGAAAGGGAUAUAGGAUACAAUUAGCGCCACAAUACAUACAAAUUCAGACAUUCCACAAGAAUAUAGAAAAGAGGCUUGGCGGCCCACAAGUCAGUAAACGCAGCCCCAUUAUAAUAAACAAGGCAUAUAAACAGGUAAAAUGAUAAAGAACUUACAUAAUGCAAGAACGCACACAGGGUAGGAUGUAGAAGCAGCAACAGACAUUCCUCCAUGAGGCUCAAACAGAAAAGAAAGGGCUAUGGGCACGGGUGCUUAAGAAGGUUUGUGGCUAAUGGGCUAAUUGAUUGCAGGUGCUAUGGAUUGACUGGAAUGGGGAAAGAAAAAAGGGGGUGUGGCACUUUCUCUGCAUGGUGCAUGUGCAGCACAGAGCAAAACUUCCAAACAGUGUGUGUGUGUGUGUGUGUGUGUGUGUGUGUGUGUGCAUGUGUGUGUGUGUGUGUGUGUGGUGCCGGUUUGGCCAGUGCAGCAGAUGAGGUUGAGGAGCGAUAACCCAUAAGGUCUCCUCCUCCUGUGUGUGUGUGUGUGCGUGUGUGUGUGUGUGUGUCUCCUCCUCCAGCUUGAGUCAGGCUGCAGGAUGCACUGCAACACAGCACUGAUUGAGUCCAGUGGCCACUGCAGGUACACGUGUGUGUGUGUGUAUGUGUGUGUGUGCGUGGGUGCGUGCGUGCGUGCGUGUGUGUGUGUGUGUCUCCUCCUCCAGCUUGAGUCAGGAUGCACUGCACACAGCACUGAUUGAGUCCAGUGGCCACUGCAGGUACACAAGGCUCCAUCUGUGAAAGAUGCUCGUGAACGAGAUUGUUUCUUGGGUUCUUAUUUGUCAUUAAACAUCAUCUGUGAGAUAGGAAUAUUUCGGUAUUUUACACUUUAAGCUGUUUUCUGUAUUGCCUUGCAUGCAAACGACUGUUUGACACCGACAUCUCGACAAUUGAGCCUGUUUCUGCAAUUUUGCAGCUUUAGAAUGAUCUCUGUAUGGCUUUAACAUUGCUCGCUAUGUGCAUAGACUAUUCUGUCCCAGAAACAUUCGUUUUAAAAAAUGUGCAGCUCACCGAGUGGUUACUGGUCUUCAACGAUCUUCUAUAGCAAGUUUAGCAGCGAAAUACAGCUUCUGUCAUCUUUUAUCAGGGAUUUUUGAAAUCCCGGAGGUACUUUUUCAGAUACCUCACAACCGUGUGUGCCUAAUAUAACACAGAAUUUGAAUUUCACUGCGAAACUUGAUCGCUGAAGACCAGUAACCACAUUUUUUAGGCAAUGCUGUUGUGGAGGCCUGAGUUACAGAAGCUCACCUGUUUAAUCUGAUGUGAUUGUUCCGACGCUCACCUGUUUAAUCUGAUGUGAUUGUUCUAACUCUCACCUGUUUAAUCUGACGUGGUUGUUCUGAAGCUCACCUGUUUAAUCUGAUGUGAUUGUUCUGAAGCUCACCUGUUUAAUCUGAUGUGGUUGUUCUGACGCUCACUUGUUUAAUCUAAACUGAUGUGAUUGUUCUGAAGCUCACCUGUUUAAUCUAAUGUGGUUGUUCAGACGCUCACCUGUUUAAUCUGAUGUGAUUGUUCUGAAGCUCACCUGUUUAAUCUGAUGUGGUUGUUCAGACGCUCACCUGUUUAAUCUGAUGUGAUUGUUCUGAAGCUCACCUGUUUAAUCUGAUGUGGUUGUUCAGACGCUCACCUGUUUAAUCUGAUGUGCUUGUUCUGAAGCUCACCUGUUUAAUCUGAUGUGGUUGUUCAAACGCUCACCUGUUUAAUCUGAUGUGGUUGGUAUAAUGUCGCCAGAAGUAGCUGUUCUGUUUUAGAACCGAUGACCCAUUUAGUUGAAUGCACUUUUCUAAACUGUAUAUGCUAUGGAGGACUAUGGAGGACAGCUGGAGUAUGCUUUUGAGUUUGGUCAAGUGUACUUGAGUGUUUCUCAGUCUUUGAUAACCCAGACAGUUCUGGUGAAUUUAUGUCAAAGGAUGGGUUUGUGUGGACUCUUGAGACUAUCUACAGUACUAACUAUUGGCUGUUGAGCUCAAGUAUCACACAUUUGAUCCAGAAUCACACAUUGCACCAGUAAGGCCGGUUGAUGGAUUAAAAUCUGAAGCUCAAUUGGUGUCCGGAAAUGUGUAAAUAUGAAUGCUGAUGAAUAUGUAAAGAUUUUCAAGUUAUUGUUUUUUAUUUCAAGAAUCUGUAUUGAGUGAAACAUGUUGUAUUACUGUGCAAACAUCUUCUGUUCACUCCUGUUUACACAAUGCACUGGAGUUUGACUUGUAAACAAUUGUUCAAUUCAUAUGAUUUCAUUGAGAAAAUAAUUUGAAAAUUAUCAAUAUGUAUUAAACACAAGUGCUGACCCAA